CUACCUUAUGCGCCAACCACAGAUGAAUCACUCUAAUAUCCCUCGCAUCCAAACUGCUAACAUCCAUUCUACUGCGCAGGCUAACACUGAUUCGAGAACUGCACUCCCAUGAGGAACAGGCUGGUUCCCGUUUCGGUCCAUGGUGUGUGCACCACACGCUCCGCCAACUCCUCAAGCGGUGCCACCUUUACCACCAGUCUACCAUUGUUCCCUAGUUUGGACACCCCAGCUGCAUUCGACUCGGUCGUCUGGCCUGCUCUAUGGUGUUGUCUGCAAAGUAAUAUGGUACCCGGACAGUAUACCACCAUACUUCGGGCUGUAUACAACUAUGUCUCUGGCAGAGUGUGUGCUUAGGGUAAGCUCUCGUCACCUCUCAUCAUCACUAGCGAUGUGGACAGGUAUGCUUCAUAUCCCCGUUUCUCUUCAACUUUGCGAUUGCGGAUGUCCUAUUAAGCGCUUCGGAAGGUCUCCAG